AUGGAGGAGGAGUUGUCAAUGAUAAAAAAGAACAAGACUUGGGAGCUAGUUGAUAGACUGAAGGAUAGAAAAGUUAUUGGAGUGAAAUGGGUGUUUAGAACCAAGCUCAAUGCAGAUGGAUCCAUCAACAAACACAAAGUCAGGCUUGUUGUUAAGGGCUAUGCUCAAGUUUGUGGAGUUGAUUACUUGGAUACAUUUGCCCCUGUUGCUAGAUUAGACAUUAUUCGGCUGGUGCUAGCUGUAGCAGCCCAAAAUGGGUGGAAAGUGUUUCAACUAGAUGUAAAAUCUGCAUUCUUGAAUGGUAUUUUACAGGAGGAGAUCUAUGUUGAACAGCCCGAGGGAUUUGUGGAACAAGGUGGCAAUGGCAAGCUUGUUGAAGAGUUCAAAAGGGAAAUGAUGCAGAUCUUUGAAAUGACAGACCUUGGACUAAUGACAUACUUUCUGGGAAUGGAGAUUAAGCAGUUGGAAGAUGAAGUUUUCAUCUGUCAAAAAGAGUAUGCCAAGGAAAUUCUCAAGAAGUUUCAUAUGGAGGAUUGCAAGGCAAUGGCUACUCCAAUGAAUCAAAAGGAUAGCUUGAGCAAAGAGGAUGGGACUGACAAAGUUGAAGAAAGCUAUUUCAGAAGCAUGGUUGGAUGUCUAAUGUACCUAACUGCAACCAGGCCAGAUAUCCUUUUUGCUGUAAGCAUUCUCUCUCGUUUCAUGCAUUGUGCUAGUGAAGUGCAUCUUAAAGCAACAAAAAGAGUUAAUAGGUACAUCAAAGGAACUAUUGACUUUGGUGUAAAGUUCAAGAAGUGUCAAAACUUCAAGUUGUUGGGAUUUUCUGACAGUGAUUGGGGUGGAUCCGUGGAUGACAUGAAAAGUACAUCUAAGUACUAUUUCAGUCUAGGAUCAAGAGUUUUCUCAUGGUGUUCCAAGAAACAAGAUAUUGUAGCACAGUCUACUACAGAGGCCGAAUUUGUUGCUGCUACAACAGCAGUGAAUCAAGCAUUGUGGCUGAGGAAGUUGUUAUGUGAUUUACACUUGAAGCAACUGAAUGAGAUAGAGGUAUUUGUGGACAAUUAG